AUGAAUGGUUAUAGGCCAGUCAUAGGAGUUGAUGGAUACCAUUUAAAGAGGUCACAUGGUGUUAUUCUAUUGACAGUUGUUGGGGUAGAUGCAAACAAUUGCAUAUUUCCAUUUGCCUAUGCAAUUGCUGAGAAAGAGAAGAAAAAAACAUGGUUUUGGUUUCUAAAGCUGCUAGGACAUGAUCUGAAUAUUGUAAACUCUUAUUGUUAUACCUUCAUGAGUGACAAACAAAAAGGUUUGAUUAAUGCAGUGGCUGAGUUGUUCCCAAAUGCUUUACACAGGUUUUGUGUGAGGCAUUUGUACAACAAUUUUAAAGGUGAACACAAGGGAUUGGUUCUAAAAGAUCUGUUGUGGAAGGCUACAAGGGCAACAACUGUUCCUGUAUUUACCAGAGUGAUGGCAGAGAUUAAAGAAGUUGAUUGUAAGGCAUAUGAUUGGUUAGUUGAAAGACCACCAAUUCAUUGGAGUAGGAGCCACUUCAACACUUUUCCAAAGUGUGACCUUUUGCUAAACAAUCUAUAUGAGUGCUUUAAUUCAAGCAUCUUGGAAGCUAGGAGUAAACCUGUGGUUACAAUGUUAGAGAAGAUUAGAUUGUUGUUGAUGGAAACAGUUCAAAAAAGAAGAAAUGCAAUGCAAAGACGCAAUGGUCCUAUAUGUUCUAAGAUUCGAAAUCAUUUGGAGAAAAUGAAAGUUCAGGCAGUUGGAUGGAUUCCUAAAUGGAAUGACAAUGAGCAAUUUGAGGUUGUAGGGCCAUAUGGUGAGCAAUACAAGCUGGGACUUGCAAGCUUGGACUUGUGGCUACAGGAAGUGGGAUCUGUCAGGCAUUCCAUGUGCGCAUGUUGUGGCUGUUGCAAAUUUCUUGGGUCAAGAGCCAGAAAAAUAUAUUUAAUAGUACUACAAGGUGGAGAUUUAUCUGAAGAUCUAUGA